UCCUUCACUGCCUUGCCAUAUAUUCUUCUAAUCCUGUCUUUCAAUUUUUUUUUUUUUUCACUUUCUCUGGUCAUGGAGAAGCAGAGACUUUUGGCUCUGUUUUGUCUCCUGUUCCUCGUAUUACCUUCCAUGGUUGUUGGAGAAUGCAAUUGCACGUGUGAUUCUGAAGAUGAAGUGAACAACAAAUCAGAGGCAAAAAAGUACAAGAUCGCUGCCUUUUUUGCGAUUCUCGUUGCGGGUACGAUUGGGGUUUGUCUUCCAAUGUUGGGGAAAACAAUCCCUGCUUUACAUCCCGACAGAGAUAUCUUCUUUGUAAUCAAAGCAUUCGCGGCUGGGGUGAUAUUGGCUACUGGGUUUAUUCAUGUUCUUCCCGAUGCUUUCGAGAGCUUGACGAAUCCCCGUUUGAGUGAGAAUCCAUGGCAGAAUUUUCCCUUCACAGGGUUUGUUGCGAUGGUGUCUGCGAUGGGGACUCUGAUGAUUGAUGCAUUCGCCACCAUUUAUUUCAAAAAAUCUCACUUCAACAACUCUCAAGCUGUGAAUAAUGGUGAUGGUGAUGAGGAGAAGGUUACUGGCCAUGAAGGUCAUGUUCAUCUUCAUACUCAUGCAACUCAUGGUCAUUCUCAUGGUUCUGUAGACUCUGGAUCUUCUGAUGUUCUUCUUCGACACCGAGUAAUUGCACAGGUUUUGGAGUUGGGAAUUGUUGUGCACUCUGUAAUUAUUGGAAUAUCACUGGGAGCUUCAGAGAAUCCAAGCACAAUUAGGCCUCUUGUUGCCGCACUAUCCUUUCAUCAGUUCUUUGAAGGCAUGGGACUUGGUGGAUGCAUUACACAGGCAAAAUUCAAGGCUAAGUCAGUUGCAAUUAUGGCACUCUUCUUCUCCCUAACAACACCUGUUGGGAUUCUAAUUGGCAUUGGAAUAUCAAGCAAGUACAAUGAAGAUAGUCCAAAUGCACUGAUUGUUGAAGGCAUAUUCAACUCUGCCUCUGCUGGGAUCUUGAUUUACAUGGCACUUGUUGAUCUUCUAGCAGCUGAUUUCAUGAGUCCAAAGAUGCAAAACAGUGGAAGACUUCAGUUGGGUGCAAACGUGUCGCUUCUUCUUGGGGCUGGUCUAAUGUCUCUUCUAGCCAAGUGGGCUUGACCUAGACCUAGACAUAGACUUAGACUUUGUUUAUUUUGGAUUUUUAUUAUAAGUUUUGUCAAUCAAUUAAUUAUGGUCCAUAAAUUGUGCUAUGCGUUUUAUCUCUUCCCUGUACUUUUUGAUGAGUCAUAUCAUUAAAUUUUACCUUGGGAGCUUACUUUUAUA